UGUAGAACCAAGCUGGCAGCAUCACUAGCUCGCUGCAGAGUGAAACAGAGUCUGCAGAGCGUCUCCUGUUUUCUGUCAGAUCCUGUCAGGACCAAACAGCACAGAGCAAAACGUCUGCCACUUUAUGCAUGGGUCAAUACUCUCAAAGCCAGUGUUGACGAAGUGUGUGCAUCGUUACAAAGAGCCGGCUUGUGUGAAGUGGAGAUCAUGACGGCCCUCAGUGAGGGGUCGUUCUGCAGAGACCCUCUCUGUCCCGAUACACUCGUCUUCUCCCCUCAGCUUCACGCUCUGCUGCAGCACAGCAGCCUCACAAGUACAUAUGCACUUAACACACAGGACAGGAGUGUGUGUGUGGCAGUGAGUGCGUUACGCCCCCUGCUGUUUGAUAACGGGGACGUCUUGGCGGUGGGGUCUUUCUCAGCUGUGACCGUGGCUCACGUCGCCGUGGCGGCCGCUGACCGCUCUGGCCGAGUGUUGGUGUGUGGUGCCGAUCACACUACGUCACAAAUAGACGAGAUACAAGAACUACUCACACAAAUGGAUAUCAAAAAUGUGCGAGUCCUGUCAGAAGCCUUCAGUGGUUUGAAUGAGUGGGACGCCUCUGUCCAGCGACUAAAGGUCAUCAUCGUGCUGCCUCAGUGUUCCUCCUCCGCGCUCAAUGACCCUGUGCCCACCAUGCACAGUGAACAUGGAAACUGGGAUCUACUGCCGGAAUUGUGUCACAGUUCUGUGUCUCGAAGCAAAAUACACACAAUGGCCUCCCAACAGGCACGACUUCUAGCUCACGCCGUGUCCUUUCCAAAGGUUCAGACGGUGGUCUACUGCACACGCUCAGUGUAUCCUGAGGAAAAUGAACAGCUAGUGAAAAGAGUGUUAGACAAAACACACACCCAUCCCAAACUGCUGCCCUUCAGGGUAAACGGUCCGAUUUUCAGCGAUGACUCCCAGUCAGGAGACACAACAGAAUCAAAGUUCUUUAGGCUCGAAACGUCACAGUUCACCAAUGGCUGCUUCAUCGCACGACUGUCCCGACAGGUGAGAGAGAGAGAAAGAGAGAGAGGGGGGAACAUGUGGAGACUGAUGGGAAAAUAG